GUGUGCCUUGCACUGCUUUCAGUGAGGGUGAGUGCAAAAGAUACAUCAAUAUGAGGUAUCAAACUGAGGCUUAGAUGUUCCUUUUAAGUGGCUGCUCAUUUCCUUGAGCCAUAACAUGGGCUAAAGGUUAACUUACACAUUCUCCGUGGAAGAACAAUUUCUUUUUUUUGGGGAAGGGAGAAGGAGGGGGGAAGGGCGUUGUUUCAUAUUCUUUCCUACCUAUAGACUAAAUGUGAUGUACAGUGCUGUUCAUGCAGAUUUUUUUUUUCACUGGAUGACUUGCUAAUCAGACCUGAGUGCAGUGGAGAUAAGAGAGAGCCAGUUGCCUAGCUAAGAGGCUCUGCCGAGCGCCCCAGCCGCCGGAGCCGAGGACAGAAGCAGCCGCCGCGCUCCCGCUCCCGGCGCGUCCCCGCUCCCGCCGCCCGCCCCCGCCAAUGGGCCUAGCGCGGGGGAGCUGUCCGAGGUGCUAGGAUGCUGGCUGCGCGGGGGGUCAGGGCAGCCGGAUUGCAGCAGGAGAGGAGCCCCACAGUCCUGCUGGCACCCGAAGGUAGGCUUGCUCUUUGUUUGAGAAUCCCUGAUUAAUCAACAGCAGCAUCAACAGACUAAGGCAGCUGGGAAGAGCAAGCCUGCCUGUAGUCACGGGGGAGAGAGAGACAGACGAUGCCACAAGCUAGACUGCCUCAGACCUUCUCUAAGUGGCAAUGAGAGAGCGAGCAUCUUUCCUGCUGCAAGAAGCCAUUUGGAUAGGAUGUUUUCUAUUCCUUAUAUUCUGUUCUUUUUGUCUCCACGGAACAUAUUCAAAUGAGGCACCUUAGAAAUCUCUGUGUUAGUGCAUAUGAUGGUGCUGUAAUCUUCUAUGUUGUAAAGUGGGUAAAAAUCAUCCAGUUUCUUCUCUGCUGGACCUCAAAGCAGGGUGUUGUUUAUACCCUCCCAUUAUCUGUACCCUCUCUUCUCUGAAUGUGGAUUUAAAGAAGCAAGCACCUGUCUUCUCUUGCCACUGCAUUUUUUAAAAGCCAAACUUUCCAUGCCAUUUUAAUCGUAUGUUAAGAAGAUCUGUAACGUAACACACUGACUUAUAGUGAUGUCGAAUUCUACAAUCUGGGCAAUUUUGCCAACAAGAUUUAAUGCACUUUAACUGAAGAAAAAACUGAGCCUAACUGCAAAUCUGUUUCUUAUGGUGCUGAAAUAUCCCUUCCGACUGCACUGAGAUAACCACAGGAAAGGGCUUUUACAGGCAAAAGUCACCUUUGAUUAUUGCACUUAGCAGUCCCCGUGGACUUAAAUUUUGGAAACGUUGCUUUCCUUUGUUCAUUAUCUCCUGCAAGAUGAUGAGUUCUAAUCAGGAGGAGGUCACUUUGGGCGCUUUUCUCCAGUAUAUUGAAGAUAUGGGGAUGAAGGCCUAUGAUGGCUUGGUUAUACAGAAUGCAUCAGACAUUGCUCGAGAGAAUGAUCGCAUGAGGAAUGAAACAAACCUGGCUUACUUGAAAGAAAAGAGUGAAAAACGCCGAAAACAAGAAGAAGCAAUAAAACGCAUAGGUGGAGAAGUAGUGAGAGGAAAUGAAGGAAGCUACGUGGGGAAACAUUUCCGCAUGGGAUUUAUGACAAUGCCUGCUCCUCAGGACAGACUGCCACAUCCUUGCUCCAGUGGCUUUACCGUGAGAUCCCAGUCUCUUCAUUCUGUUGGAGGAACCGAUGAUGAAAGUAGCAGCUCUCGUAAGCAGCCGCCUCCAAAACCGAAGCGAGACCCCAACACCAAAUUGAGCACCUCAUCUGAAACAGUCAACACUGGAACAACAAGUAAGAGUGGGAAACUACCGGACAGGACUGAAGUGUCAGCCAAACCAAGACCUCACAGUGAUGAAUACACAAAGAAGAUUCCACCACCUAAGCCGAAACGAAAUCCAAACACUCAGCUAAGCACAUCUUUUGAUGAAACGUAUAUCAAAAAGCAUGGCCCUAUGAAGACAACACUCACUAGGGAUGCCUCUUUAUCGCAGGUCAGCAGUCCUGCUCCAGACACAGAGGAAGAAGAGCCUGUUUAUAUUGAAAUGGUUGGGAAUAUUCUCAGAGACUUCAAAAAAGACGAGGAUGACCAAAGCGAAGCAGUCUAUGAGGAGAUGAAAUACCCUAUAUUUGAUGAUGUAGGCCAAGAUUCAAAAUGUCAAUGUGAAUAUGACCAUCACACUUGUUCUUCUCAGUGUGCUACUCCCACAGUGCCUGACCUAGAUUUCACCAAGUCUUCAGUGCCAUCUACUCCCAAGGGCUUGCUUUGUGAUAUACCCCCACCAUUUCCAAAUCUGCUUUCUCACAGACCUCCACUGCUGGUGUUCCCACCAGCACCAGUGCAGUGUUCCCCGAAUUCUGACGAGUCUCCUCUAACUCCACUAGAGGUCACAAAGCUUCCUGUUUUAGAAAAUGUGUCUUACAUCAAACAACAAGCUGGAGCUUCUCCAUCUUCACUGCCACCUCAUACACCAGGCCAUCAAAAACUGGAGAAAGACCAGACACUAUCUCAUGGAACUAGCACCCCUGGGCACACCUCCUCACCUCCUCAUCCUUCUACCUUAUACAGAACACAAUCUCCACAUGGUUACCCUAAAAGUCACUCUGCCUCACCUUCUCCUGUCAGUAUGGGUAGGUCUCUUACCCCCUUAAGCCUCAAAAGACCUCCACCUUAUGACUCUGUACAUUCAGGAAGUCUCUCAAGAAGCUCUCCAUCAGUGCCUCAUUCUACAGCCAGAAACACACUGCAAGAAGGAGGAAAAAUGGUAAAUGCCUCGGUCAGCACCUACGGGUCAUCAUCUCAGAGUGGUUCCCGUUCUCGGACACCCACCAGUCCUCUGGAGGAACUAACUAGCCUCUUUACCUCAGGACGAAGUCUCCUGAGGAAGUCCUCCAGUGGCAGAAGAUCUAAGGAACCUGCAGAAAAACCACUAGAUGAGCUGAAGAUCAGAAGUCACAGCACUGAACCACUACCAAAGCUGGAAAACAAAGAGAGGGGAGGCCAUCAUGGGACAGCUUCCUCCAGGGAGCCAGGGAAAGCUCAGGAAUGGGAUGGAACGCCAGGUCCACCUGUGGUGUCCAGCAGGCUGGGGAGAUCCUCUGUCAGUCCAACCAUGUUGGCGGGAAGCAACAGCUCAGAGCCUAAAUCAAGUUGCAGAUUAGGUCGGUCUGCGUCCACAUCAGGUGUGCCUCCUCCAUCUGUUACUCCGCUCAGGCAAGCCAGUGAUCUUCAGCCGAGCCAGGUGACGUGUAUGCAGUGGUUGCAAGGGGACCAUACAAUGCUGGAUAUGAUUGAGAAAAAACGCUGCCUCUGCAAAGAAAUAAAAGCUCGACAGAAAUCAGAAAAAGGACUCUGCAAACAGGACAGCAUGCCUAUUUUGCCAAGUUGGAAAAAGAAUACCGGAACCAAGAAAUACAGCCCUCCUCCUUAUUCCAAACAACAAACUGUUUUCUGGGACACUGCAAUUUGACAGGCGUGUGGAGGAUGCCCUCUCCACUCUGUUGCACCGCGCACAGGUAGCCUGCUUUCUUAAUAAGGCAAAGGCUCUAACCUAAGACUUACCUGCAGGUGGUGAACUUCCUAGGAAAAAACCACACGGAUACAGUGCUCACCUGUCAAUCAAGAGAGAGAGAUUUAAGUUUCCGACUGGAUUAAGGCAUACAUAUUUAUCCAGGAUUUUUUUGGAUCCAGAAGAUAUCAAAAUGUAAAUAUUUCACCACUAUAUUGAAAACACCCAAGCUAAUACACUGUUUAAAUAUAUAUAUAUAAAAAUUCAAAAAUUUAUGAAGAAUUUUACUAUAUAAUGUUACUGUUAUACUGUUUUAUUACCUAUUUUCUAUGUGGUAUUCUAAUGUUUCCUCCCACCCCCCCGUCGCCACCAUUUUAUUUCUCUUACCUGCCUAGAUUUGGCCUCUGUAGAAAAGCAUGUGGUUGUACGUUUUGUUGAACGGGACAAUGUACAAAACGACGCGGUGCUGGGGCUGUAGAAGUUACCUAGAGUCGUACUCAUUAGAUGUCCUUAGCUUUGGGGGGAGGGCUGGACAAAGGAGAGAGUUUUGGUGGGAAACAGCAAAACUGCAAGCAAUGCAAAUAAAAGUGCUUAAUGUGGAUGCCCAAGUUGCAUUUAAAAUAUGAAUUGUUCUGCACCAGUUUUCCCAUAAAGUCAAGCAGAUAAAUUGCCCCUGGUUGUAUAUGAAUCAGUUACUAAAACUAUUUGGCCAAGCAACUAGAUUUUCUGCAGAAAAGCCUGCAACGGAAACUCUUCCUUCAUUAUAUUCAGCUGACUAGCAGAGACCAUGGUUCACUGUGACUAAGCAUCGUACAGCCCGUGGCGGAGAGACCCAGGCGCUCAGCAGGUUGAGGCAGUGGCGAUGCAGCCACGGCUCCUGUCACCAUUUGUCUUUGGUCCAGAAAAUAAAGGCGACAAAAUCUGUUUACAUGUUUAUUAUUUUUAAAUUCAGCAACACAUCCUUACUUUAUGCCGUGUCAGAUUUCCUUGUGUUAUUUAUAAAGGCUGGAAUUCAGGCCCCUUGAAAGCCAGUCGGGAAAUCCCUCUUGAUUUCAUGGGGUUUUGAAGCAGAGGCCAACGUAAUACGUUCUCCCGGGUACACCGUUUCUUCUUCCUGGCUGCUUCUGUAAUUGGCUUGCAAUCCUGUAUUAUAUUACACCCAUUUUAACAGAAUAUUAUGUCAUGACCAAAGAAUUAUGACCUCCUGGUUUUAACGGGAGAAAGAGAUGGCUUAUGCUGAUUAUGAGGGUGAAAUCCGUGCGGUGAAAUAUCUUCCAAAAGGGUCUGUUGAGAACGAGGGAAACUUGUACUGCUGUGAGGUAGGGGAGAAAAGAUCUAUGGCAUAUAUUUUGUAUAUUUAAAUUUCUAUCUAUGCGUCUGAAAUUUGCUAGCACAAAAGUCCCUCUUUAAAACAAUCAUUUUAAUGUUAUAUUCGCCAAGAAGAAAAGGUGUGUUGUUUGAAACUUCUUGUUAUAUUGGCUUUUCUUUGAAAUUAUAUUGACAGCAUUGCCACAGCUGUAAUUGCUGAUAAAAAAAAAAACCAAAAAUAACAAAUUUUAGAAGGUUUUUGUAAUCUAUAUUGCUAAAGUUUGAGUUUGAGUAAUGCUUUAUCAGUAGUAGUUUCUUUUCAGCCUCUGAAAUAAAGUUUUUAAAUAUUUUAUAACUGACUAACUAAUGUAUAUUUUGAUGUCCAAACUGAGAUUUCUGUAAAAGAUAAAGUGUGUGUUUAUAUGUGUGUAUGUAUAUUAGCAUUAUUGUAUAUGUAUAUAUGCAUAUGUGUACACACAUAUAUAUGUAUAUAUGCAUGUAUCUCUCUCUAUAUACUCAUAGAUGUGUGCAUACGUAUAUACCCACAUACAUUAAAUAUUGGUGUGUGCUAUUGAAUAUACAGUGGCUGGAAUGGGUACGCAAUUGAAAUGCAGAUUUAAAGAGCCCCUCACAGCCGAAAUGACAGAAGACAUGAAAAAACCCAGAGGCUGUGAAGGAGUCUUUGAAAACUUGUUACAUCCAAAAGACACCAACUGUAUAUUCUGCUUAUUCUCUUUUUUUUAAAGAAAGAAAAUGGCAGCAGAAAAACUCCAGAGAUCUCGCAAAGUUCCAGAAUCUGCUGGAAAGAAGGCGACUUGUUGGUCGUGAGAAAUCUGUUGAGAUAACAGGUUCAUUAUUCAGAAAGUGUUUAUGCUUUGUCUUCCUUGUUAUGUGGCAAGAGAAGAAUUUUUCAUAACCAUGUGUGAAAUACUUAGCUCAACCCUUUCCCCCAACUGCACUAAGUCUCUGGUGACAAAACGAAAGCCGGCGUUCAGUCAGUCUCGAUACUCUUCCUCUGCACUGGUCUCUUCCUGGAGCAAUUCCUUUAAAAACCCCACUAGCGAAGCCUCGCUUUUGCAGUCCAGCCCCGGGGGCGGGCACGGGCGCUGCAGUGCCAGGCUCUCUGGGGGGAGGCAAACGUUAAUGUAAACAGUUACGUGUUUAAUAGUGCUUGUUCAUAUUGUGUCCUUUUCAUAUCGGUGCGUAAUAGGAAUAAUGAUCAGGGAACUGAAGCAUUCUUGUCCUAAGCAGACUUGCUUGUAUGCGUAGCCCACCAUAAAACCACUCCUUGUUUCGCUUUUAUUGCUCAACACUGUUUAUGUUGUCCUUCCUAAAUAACUGCCCAUGUGCUUCCAGACCUCCAUUGUAUCCCAUGGAGACAAUGGCUUUUUGUUUUGAAGUGCGACAGUACAUGAAAAAGUAAAAUAUAACUUAGCACUUACCUUCAAAGCACUUUAGAAAUGUGAACUGAACCUCACGCUUGCGAGAAUCGUUUUACAGAGGGGGGAAGUGAGGCUCAGGUGGAGUAGUUUCCAAAGGUCAGGACAUACGCCACCGUGCUGUCCGGUGUCUGCUGGCCCACCCCAUCGCUGGAGUAAAAGGUGCAUCGUCCUGCCUGCCGAGAGUGCGCCAUCGGAACGCUGUUAAACAUUUUCUACAUCACCUAUUGUCUCAGCAGUUUCUGUGUCACAGGGUGAAUGACAGUGCUUAGUUACACACGGUCAUUAAAGCUGUAGUCUGUAUAAAUAUGCAAUCUGUAUAUACAUACAGAUCACAUAUAUACACACACUUGUGAAGACUGUAUAUAUGAAAUCGUUCGGUAUGCACUUAUUUUGCUUUAAACUCCUGAAGUUAAACAUUAUAGUGUAGCAAUUUGUGUAAAGUGCACUGUGAUUUCAAGAAAGCACAGUAAAGUCACAGGUCUUGUUAUUCUUGCACUAAAAAUGUGUUUACGUAUAUUAGCCAAUGUAUGUCUACUUUAUUGCUCCUUUUGACAAAUUAAAGCAAAUGGUAUAAAAUGGUAUGGGGUUUUUUUUUGGUUUGGGUUGUUUAUUUUUAAGUGGACAAUGGCACUAUGUUUUUAAAUGACAGGGUUUUUAAAUAAAAUGAAAUCAUUCUGUGUUCAUUCCAAUGUAAUACAUUUACCAAUAUCUUGAAAUUGAAUGUCAUGUUGCUUUUUUCAUAUUUCAUUAGAAAUUGUCAGGUAUGUGCCUGAGAUUGUGUAGGAGUAAGGAGUAGCUAGAGGCUAACUGUAAUCAUAUAUUAUUAGCCGUUUCUAUAUACACAGUAUAAAUACAUAUUAAUUUUCUUUUCAUUUUUGUACUUGAUUUUUUUAGGUAAGAUGUAAUUAAAUGUACUUUGAUACUUCUGAAGUAAUAAGAUGUUGUUUGAAGAUCAAUUCUGCUUUCUUUAGUGCAUUGACAAUAUUUUACAAUAAUUUAGUGCUUAUUUAUUUGUGCUCCGGUGUAAUUAUA